AUGAUAAGUAAAAUCAAUAAAUAAAAUUUCUUACAAUAGAAAAGAGAAGAGAAGUAAUUUAGAGAGUUUGAGAGAAAAAAAAUUGAAAUGGCAUCCAAAAUUUACAUAUUUUAUAAAAAUGUUAAAAUUUGCAAUGAAUUAAAUCAAUCAAUGAUUAAAUUGUACCUACCAAAAAUAUAAACUGCUUUAUCAGUUCAAUUUAUGAAAGAAUAAGUACAGAUAUUUAAUAUAAUAGCAAACAUUUUACAAAGUCUGUAAUAUAACAUUAAAUAAAUGUCCAGAAUUUUUAAAACCAUUUCUUCUUUUAAAUAUAAAGAAUGCUUAAAACAAUGAAACCUAUAUUUUAAACAUGAUAUAACUUUUUAGUGGAUGCUUGCAAAUUUAAUAAAACAACUUUAUUAUUAAUUUAUUUAAGGGAAACCAAUUUUUAAUUAAUAGAUUGCAUGUAAUAAUAAUUUAUAUUAUUUUUAGUUUUUCAAGGCUAUUUACCUUGGACUAACUUUAAUUAAAACAUCUAAAGAAGCUAAUACUUUUAUAAAACAUUUGAAUGAUAUUUUUAUUUCUCUUCAUUUAUUAUUAAAUAAUAAUUAGUUAGGUAAAGGCUAUUAUUUAUUUUAGAUUUAUUUUAUAGCAAAAUGUAAAGAUUAGAUCCUUAGAUCUUAAAUAAUUGUUUGCCUUUACUUAUACAAAUGUAAGGAUUUGAAAUUUUCUUAUUUUACUAUUUAAAUUUAAAAUAAAAUGAAUAAACAGCAUGGAAUUUAGGAUUUAAUUAUGUGUUUAUGAUAGAAUAAAAAAAUAAUUAAUUUGAUUUUAGUCAAUUAAUGAAUCAUAUCGUUAAUUCUACUCAGUACAAGCAUUUAAUUUCAAUUAUUUUAACAUCGGAAUAAGAACUAUAAUAAAUAAGAAAGUUAUUUGAGAAAUUACAGACUUUGAAAAUUCAUAAUAGCGAUUUAAUAUUUAUAAUUAUGACGUAAUUAUUGCAAGUACUAGAAAACAAUUUUUAUCGAAUGAAUCUUCCAUAAGAUUUAAAAAAUUUAUAGUUUUAAAAUAAUUCAGAACAAAAACUUUUGAAAAUAUUAAGGAAAAAAAAAGAAUUUUAAUAAUUUACAGAAUAAAUUAAUUUUAGAAAACUUAUAGAUUUAUUAGAAAAUUAAUAAAUAACAAAUCUUUGUUCAAUAAGCAAAUUUAUAUAUUAUUUGAUAAAAAUUGGAUAAAACAGAAAGUUAGAAAUAGUAUAAUAAAUUCAGAAAUUAAGAUUUAUAGAUAAUGAAUUUUCAACAUAUAUGCUUAAUUUAUCAAAAAUAAAUUAAUUGGAUAUGAUUCCAGUUGAAGCUAUAUCAGUUUAUUGUUAUUUUAAAGCUCAUGAAUUUUAAUUAUUGGACGAUAAGGAGUUUAAAAGUAUAGUACUUGAGAAUUAAAAAGCAAAACAGAUUUUUAUUGAGAUUUUUGAAUUUAUUUUUGAAUAUACAAAAUUUUGUAUAUCUAAAAAUAUAAAUUAGAACAUUUAUAAGGAACUAAAAUUAUUUAUUAGAGAAGUAUUUGAUAGAAAUUAAGUUUUACAUUUUUACUAAUGGAAAUAUGAAAAUAUGAAAAUAAAUAGUCAUUUACCAAUAUUGUCUUUAUUUUCAUAAAGAAUUGAAAAAUUUAAUUAGUAUUUGGAAGAGGAUAAAAAGUUGUUUUAAAGGAAUUUAUUAGAAAUGUUUACAUUAGACCAGUUUGGCCAGCCAAUAGUAAAUUAAAAUAUGAUGGUAAUUAUAAGAAGAGGAGAAGAAUUUUAAGAUGCAUUUGAGUAAUUGGAGAAUAAAUAAAUGAAGAAUAUUUUUAAGGUAAAAUUUGUAAAUUAAAUGGGAAUACCAGAAGAUGGAAUUGAUGCAGGAGGAGUGACAAAAGAAUUUAUAACAAGAGUAAUAAAUUAGGCAUUGGAUCCUACUUAUGGAUUAUUUAUUGAGACUCCUGAAAAGACCAUGAUUCCUAAUCCUGCUUUUAUUUAAGAUGAAAAAUAGUAAUAAUCAUAUAAUAUAUAGAAAAUAUGCUUUUAUUGGAAAAAUAAUAGGCAAGGCUAUAUAUGAAGGAGUAUUAAUAGAGAAAGUUUUAAAUUAAGUUUUUCUAAAUUAAGUUUUAGGAAUAACGAACACAAUAAAUGAUUUUCGAUUUUAUGAUUCAGAGUAAUAUCAUAGAAUAUGCAAUUUAAAGAAUUAAGAUGUAAAUGAUUUUGGAUUGACAUUUUCAAUAACCUAAGAAUUUUAUGGUUAAAUAGUGGAAUUUGAUUUAAUUCCUAAUGGGAGAUCUAUAAAUGUGACAAAUGAAAAUAAAAUAUAAUACAUAAAUUUGUAUUGCCAUUUUAGAUUAAAUAAAUAGGUAUGGAAUAUUAAAAUAUAAAAAAAGAUAAAAGAACAAAGUUAAAUAUUUAGAGGUGGACUAGAAUAAAUGAUAGACCCUGAGAAGUUGAAAUUAUUUACCAAUUAAGAAUUAUAAUUGUUGAUUUCAGGAUAACCAGUUAUUGAUAUCUAGGAUUUGAUUAUGAAUACACAAUUCAAGGGAUAUAAGCCAUAUGAUAAAACAAUUCAAGAUCUAUGGAGUGUUUUAAAUGAAUUAGAAUAUGAAUAGUAGAGUUAGUUUUUAUUUUUCUUUUCUUCAUGUUCUAGAGCACCAACUUAGGUAUUUGAAUUAAUAGAAAAAAUAGGGAUUUAAAAGUUUAGAUCCUCCUUUUAUGAUUUAAAAAGUUCCAAUUUUACAUGCAAAUGAAAGAUAGAAAUUACCUACAUCAUCAACUUGUUUCAAUAUACUAAAAUUACCAGAUUAUUAAAAUAGAUAAAUACUAAAGGAGAAAUUAAUUAAAGCUAUUAGUUCAAAUACAGGAUUUGAAUUAACAUGA